CACCAGUCCGCAUCCGUCUCCGCGCGCCACGCGCCCUUUGUGGUUUACACCGCGUCGUCAUUAGCAGUUCUCGGCUCGAGGGUGGCCUAAACCACUCCCAGCGAGCCCAGUACAGUCAGCCUUGGCGGCAUCUGACAGGCCUCGAUGGCCGCGCCCAGCGCCGCGGCCUUCGCCGCCCCGCUCGCCCUGAAGGCCCCUGCGUACCACGCGCAGCCCCCGCCAGCGACGCACGCCGACUCGCGAGCCCCGCGGACGCAGCAGGCGGCCGGCGGCGCCUCGUCCCUGGCCUGGCUCGCCGUGGGCUCGGCGGCGGGGGCGGCCGCGGCCGCGGCGCAGCGGCGCAGGGCGGCCGCCUGCCGCCGCGCCCGGUGCGGCAAGUGCGGCUGCGGCGAGAAGCCGCCGACGCCCGCCGAGGCGUUCGCCGCCGAGGCCGUCGGCGAGGGCGCGCCGGCCGACGCCGAGGAGCAGUUCGUGCUCGACGUGGUCAACCACCGCACCCGCCGCGGCGCGGCCACCUUUGCCGCCCUCUCGGCCGCCGCCCUGCUCCUGGAGCGCCCCGCGGAGGCGGCGGCGCGGUGCCUCGAGUGCGCGGGCGAGGGCAUCCAAGACUGCGGCUCUUGCCGCGGCUCCGGGCAGUUCAAGAUGUACGGCGACCGGGGCGUCGGCGAGGGCAUGAGCUCCCAGUACAUCGAGUGCCCGGAUUGCUACGGCUCCGGCCUGAAGCUGUGCUCCAAGUGCUCCGGCACUGGCCUGCCCGCGAAGAGGCUGGUCGGCUUCCUCCGCGACCCAGCGUUCCGGCAGUUCGUGGCCCGCAUCCAGUCUGGCCGCGUCGACGUGGACAACGUUCCAGAGAUCCAGGCCGAGAUGCAGGAGAUGGUCGCGAUCCAGGAGAGGAACAGGGCGUUGAAGCUCGCUGACGAGGCCAUGAAGAAGGAGGGAGAUAAUGGGUGGUUCAAGCUGCCGAACUUCUUCUGAACAGCGUCUGGCAUUCGGCGGAGCGGCGCGGUGGAGUUGCAGCCAAGUUUUGCCGCCGAAUUGUUUAAGCAGCGUUGCUUGGCUUGCACUUGUUUUUACAGGCGGUGCUCCUUGCUUGAGACGAGGUGCGAAUAGGAUCAAGUUUCUCGUGCGUGUAGCAUGGAUGUCCCAACGCUCUUCCACCAAAAGCAGGCCGAGCCGUCCAGCGCCUCCGGGGCCUCUCUUCACGGCGAAGCCCCUGCUCCGCCGUGACUUCCAGCGAAGCCCUGUAGGAUCGUGCGCCCAGGUGGAGGGGCGGC